UGGGUAAACGCUAAAACCAGUCACGUGAAGGGAAGAUGUCGGUAUCCCACUACAACUCCAGGAGGUCAGCCGUCGUGUGUCAAAAUGGCUGUGUGGCCAGUAGUCAGCCUCUGGCCAGUCAGGCGGGGAUAGAUAUUCUCAAAGCAGGCGGAAAUGCUGCUGACGCAGCAGUUGCCAUGGCAGCAGCCUUGAAUGUCACCGAGCCAUGCUCUACGGGUAUUGGUGGCGAUGCAUUCUGUCUCUUCUACGACGCCAAAACCAAAAAGGUUAAUGCUGUCAAUGGCAGUGGCCGAGCUCCCGCCGAGUUGACCCUUGAUCUUCUACACAAACAGGGCUACAACUCUACUCACCCCUUCCCCGUGCAGCAUGGUCACGCCGUGACGGUUCCUGGUGCUGCAGCCACAUGGGUUGACACGGUCGAUCGAUUCGGAAGUGGAAAGUUAAGUCUAGCACAGAUACUACAGCCCGCCGUGAACCUAGCAGAGGGUGGCUACCCUGUCCAGCAGAUAACGGCAUUCCUGUGGAACAAAGGCGUCGAUUCCUUACUGACUCCUAAAAACCAGCAUGGCUGUGAUUUACUUGUUGAUGGUAAGGCUCCUGUGAACGGCCAGGUUAUUCGACUCCCUCACCUUGCUCAGACAUUCAGGGAACUAGGUACUCUAGGUAAGAAAGGCUUCUAUGAAGGGAGGAUAGCAAAAGCCAUCGUCGACGUUGUUGGGAAGUUUGGAGGCGUUAUGACUAUGGACGAUUUACAGAGUCACGUGACGACAUAUGAGGAUCCAAUUAACACCGAUUAUCGUGGUUAUCGUCUAUGGGAAAUCCCCCCGAACGGACACGGAAUGGCUGCCCUGAUAGCGCUCAACGUCCUGGAGGAUUACAAUCUCAAGAACCUUGGUCCUAACUCUGCAGAAUAUCUUCAUCUUGUUAUUGAAGCGUUGAAACUCGGAUUUGCAGAUACCACUUGGUACUGUGCUGAUCCGUCUAAAGUAGACGUACCACUCUCUACCUUACUGUCGAAAGACUACGCAGCAAACAGAAGACAGCUCAUACAUACCAACAGUACUAUGAAGAAUGUGAAGAAAGGAGACGUAAACAUCGGCCCCGACACUGUCUACUUUACUACAGCAGACUCAGAAGGCAACGCUUGCUCCUUUAUCAACAGCAAUUUCAUGGGGUUCGGGUCGGCCAUUGUCCCUGAGGGGUGUGGUUUUACAUUACAGAACAGAGGGAGUGGAUUUUCCUUGGACCCUGCACAUCCGAAUGUAAUCGCCCCCAAUAAACGGCCAUAUCACACCAUCAUUCCCGCCAUGGUGACUGACUCAAAAACAGGUGAAUUGGUAAUGAGCUACGGCGUUAUGGGGGGUUACAUGCAGCCGCAAGGUCACGUGCAGGUGCUGCUUAAUAUGUUGGAGUUUGGAAUGAACCCACAGCAGGCUUUAGACCAGCCAAGAAUUUGUAUCGGAGGAGGAUACGGGUACGACGAGAGUUAUGUGUCGGUGGAGGAUGGCAUUUCUGCUGAGACUGUGCAGGGUUUGGCUGACAAAGGUCAUAAAGUGCGCGGUCCGCUAGUCGCAACCGAGCGCUCUCUUUUCGGAAAAGGACAGGCCAUCACUGUUGGAACUUUCUGGGAUAAAUCUUUUAUUGCUCAACAAAAAGAUGGACGUGUAUACUGGUGUGGAUCGGACCCAAGGGCCGAUGGAAUGGCAAUAGGCUUUUGAUAUCAAAUCCCUAGCGUAUGCAAUUACAAGUAGCAUUUUCAUAUUGAACCAUCAGCUGGCAAGUUAGCGAAUUGUAACGGUUCAAAAAUAAUUGAAUACAAUGAAAUAACAAAACAAGUGCAAUUAUACAUAACUAUAUGCUCAGCAUACCAUAUCGGAAAGGAAUUCAUGAUAUAUGAUGGUGUUACCAGUGCAAUAUAGGACACGGUGUUAACAGUACAAUAUAGGACGUAGUGUAACCAGUACAAUAUAGGAUAUGGUGUUUGCGGUACAAUAUAGGACAUGAUGUUACCAGUACAAUAUAGGACAUGGUGUUACCAGUACAAUAUAGGACGUGGUUACAAUAUAGGACGUGGAUGUUACCAGUACAAUAUAGGACGUGGUUACAAUAUAGGACAUGGUGUUACCAGUACAAUAUAGGACGUGGUUACAAUAUAGGACGUGGAUGUUACCAGUACAAUAUAGAACCUGUCUUUUGCUCGCCUGUUGAGUUAUUGAAGCAGAAAAUGCAUUUUUAUCAUAUGUAAAUGAAAUACCCACAAGAACUGUGUGCCAGAUGAACAAUCAAUCACUUAUAAAUGACUUGUAUUGAAGUAAUAAAUGACUUUGAUGUAUGUC